UUUUUUUUGGUCGAAAGGCUCCUAAAAGUUCAGUACCGCAAAAAACCAGAGAAGCAAAAUAACUGUUCCUAAGCUACAGUACCACAAACCCUCCUAGUUAAGGCUCCUAAAAGUUCAGUACCACAAAAAACCAGAGAAGCAAAAUAAUAAAAACGAACUUGGGGGCUUUUUUCUCCAUCGCAGCGUCUUCUUCCUCCCAAAGUUGGCAGCUUUUGGUAUUUGUUGCAAACCUUAUGGGGAAGCACAAACCUGGGUAUCAAAGGAUUCAAAUCUGGAGUAAGCGGAACUGGAACUUUGUUUCUGAAGUGCUGGUUUGGCGAAUUAACUUUUUACAUAAGACGGCACAGUAGUGAAUGGAGUGAUGAUGAUGUGAGGGGUGGAAGAGAUAAGUACCGGCAGCAUAGAAGUAAAAGCGAGUCCAGGUCACACAGUCAUCUUGAGCAGGGUGAAAUUGAUUCCUCGGAUUCUGAUAGAGAUAAUAGAACAAAGAGACAAGGGAGACUGGAUGAUGACAAGGAUAGGGAACCGACAACGUGAAAGGGAUCCCAGUGAUAGAUGUGGAAGGUGGAGGGGUGAUCGUCAAGAUAGGGAUCGACACACUUCUGAUGAAAAUGGUGAGGUGGCAGAAGAAGACAGGGGUGGGCAAGAAAGAGGAAGGAAAAAUGAAAAUGGGAACAGACAACGUGAAAAUGCGAAUGGUGAUAGGGGGAGAGAAUAUAGAAGUUCUAAGGAUUAUGAGCGACUGAAGAGAUACCGAUAUGGGAGUGGACAUAGAAGGCGGGAGAAUGAGGAUGGUCGUAGAAACAGGGACAGGCAUUCACGUCACUACUCUGAGCGCAGGGAUGAAAGGGAAGAGCGUAGAACUUCAGAACGGAAAAGGGAUAAUACAGAUGAUGGUGGGCAAAGUAGGCAUAGAAACCGGGAUGAAGAUGGUGAGAUAAAGUAUCGCAGAAAUAAGGAGGUGAAUGAAAGACGAGAAGACAAUGAGCGAGAUGAUAGGAUGCUUGAGAACUCAAAACCUCAAGGACGGUCAACAUUGCAAGAGGGAAAUCUGAAUACUAAUGUGGCAAAUUUGGGAAAGAGUGGCGGGGUUUAUAUUCCGCCCUAUAAGUUGGCCCGAAUGAUGAAAGAGGUCGACGAAGAUAAAAGUAGCGUCGAGUAUCAGCGCUUGACAUGGGAUGCCCUCCGAAAGAGUAUCAAUGGGCUUUUGAACAAGGUCACUGCUACAAACAUUAAGAAUAUAAUUCCAGAAAUUUUUGCAGAGAAUCUCAUUCGUGGAAGAGGUCUCUUUUGUCAAUCCUGUUUGAAGUCACAGAUGGCAUAUCCAGGAUUUACAGACGUCUUUGCUGGCUUGGUUGCUGUUGUUAACACCAAGUUUCCUCAGGUUGGUGAACUUUUGUUGAGAAGAAUCGUCUUGCAGCUUAAGAGAGGAUUUAAGCCGAACGACAAGCCACAACUACUAGCUCCUGUCAAAUUUAUCGCGCAUCUUGUCAACCAAAAAGUGGCUCAUGAGAAUAUAGCAUUGGAAUUGCUCACUGUGCUGCUGGAGAAUCCUAUCGAUGAUGGUGUUGAAGUUGCUGUUGGCUUUGUCACAGAGUGUGGAUCAAUACUGCAAGACCUUUCACCUAAAGGGCUCCAAGGCAUCUUUGAGCGCUUUCGUGGAAUUCUUCAUGAAGGAAAAAUUGACAAACGAGUUCAGUGGAUGAUCGAAGGCUUAUUUGCAUUACGGAAAGCAAGGUUUCAGGGGCACCCAGCUGUUCGUCCAGAACUGGACCUUGUUGAGCAAGAAGACCAGUUAACUCAUGAUAUUUCUCUUCAAGAGGAGAUAAAUCCAGAAAUUACCCUUGAUAUUUUCGAGCCUGAUCCUGAUUUCAUUGAGAAUGAGAAGCGCUAUGAAGAUGUGAAGAAAACAAUUCUUGGUGAAUACUCUAAAGAUGAAGGUUCUGAUGCAGCUUCAGAUGGUGAGGAUGAUGAUGAUGAUGAGGAGUACGAGCAGCAAAUGAAAUUUAUAGGAGAUGAGACAGAUACGAAUCUUGUGAAUCUUCGAAGGACAAUAUAUCUGACUAUCAUGUCCAGUGUAGAUUUUGAGGAAGCAGGUCAUAAGCUCCUUAAGAUUAAGCUUGAGCCAGGCCAAGAGAUGGAGCUAUGUGUCAUGCUUUUGGAAUGUUGCAGUCAGGAGAGAACCUACCAACGCAAUUAUGGUCUCUUGGGAGGGUGGUUCUGCAUGAUCAACAGAAUCCACCAGGAAAAUUUUGAGAAAUGUUUUGUCCAACAGUAUUCAAUGAUUCACCGGCUUGAAACAAACAAGCUACGUAAUGUAGCUAAGUUUUUUGCGCAUUUACUCGGAACAGAUGCCCUUCCGUGGCAUUGCUUAGCCUAUAUACGGUUAACUGAAGAGGACACCACUGCUUCUUCUCGUAUUUUUAUCAAGAUCCUUUUCCAGGAAUUGUCAGAGCAUCUUGGUAUCCGUCUGCUUAAUGAGCGGUUGACUUAUCCUGCAAUGCAAGACUCCUACAAAUCUAUUUUCCCAAGGGAUAAUCCCAAGAACACCCGAUUUGCUAUUAACUUUUUCACAUCUAUUGGGCUUGGCGGCAUAACUGAGAACCUGCGUGGGUAUCUGAAGCACAUGCCACGCCUUAUUAUGCAACAACAAAAAGCAGCGUCAGAUGAAGAAUCCGACAGUUCUGGUUCAUUGGAUUCGGACUCGAACUCAGGGUCGGCUGGUUCCGAGUCAGAAUCAGAAUCAGAAUCAGAAUCGUCAAGCUCUGAAAGACGCAAGAAGAAACGUAGGAGGAGAAAUUAAUUUCUCUACUGCUGUUAUCUCUGUAUUCCUUGAAUUUCACAAAUUGUAAUAUACUGCCUGGAUUUGGUAUGGUGUGAAUUUUGGUUAUUGUCCCCAAGUGUAGGGAGAACAAAAA